AUGAAUGAUACUGGGGAUUUCGUCGUGUUUGGGCCAAAGGCCAACUGUACUUUGGACCUUUGUACAAUUGAAAUGAGCGUAUAUGGCUACCGACCUUCCCUCGCUGCCAAUAUAUCGUUUGCGGCCCUGUUUACAAUCGCGACUAUCGCGCACGCCUAUCUCGGCCUACGAUGGAAAACACCUUGGUUUAUGUGGUGCAUGAUUUUGAGCUGCACUCAUGAGGUGGUUGGUUAUGUCGCACGUAUUCUUCUGUGGGUGAAUCCAUGGAGCUUCGGCGCGUUUAUCACCCAAAUCAUUGCCAUCACCCAAGCGCCUGUCUUUUAUUGUGCAGCUAUCUACGUUACCCUUGGUCAAAGCAUCGAACACUAUGGUCCAAGCCUUGCUCGCUUUCCAACAAAGUACUUUGCCUGGGUAUUCGUUCCAAUGGAUAUCGUUUCUCUCAUUUUACAAGGCACCGGUGGAGGCUUGUCCGCGUCUUCAUCGGGAGCUAGCCAGGUGGGAGUCGACGUGGCCAUGGCAGGUCUCAUUCUACAAGUUAUUAUGCUUGUGGCAUUCAGUGUCUUGUUUGCCGACUACAUGAUUAGGUAUCUUGGACAUAAGAAGUCCAGAACUCUUGGGUCAAGGGACAAACUGUUCUUUGCCUUCCUUGCUAUUGCGGUGCUGACUACCCUGGCUCGCUGUAUCUUUCGCGCCGAUGAGCUCAAAGAAGGUUACCAGGGAGAGCUGAUCAAGCAUGAAGACCUCUUCAUUGCACUGGAGGGAGUGUUGAUUGUCGUGGCAGUCUUUUGUCUAUUUGUGGCUCAUCCUGGCCUAGUGUUCAACCUUGCACCAAAGGUCUACCACUCAGUUGCUACGGUGGCAGAUGUCUCCGAGACUGCUUAUUAUUCCAAGACGGGUCAAUCUGCAAGUACCGUGCAGCAUUAA